AUAUGUUCCCGUACAAUGGUGCCAGAAGUGAGUUCCUCUAUCAAAAACGAGAAAAACAAUGAGGACAUCAGCUUAUUAUUUGGAAUUGGAAUAGGAGGAAUUACUUUUGGUGUUCUUGCAUGUGGAAUGCUAUACCUUAUUCUUCUUUGGUGUAAGAAAAAGGCAGUCCAUAACAGACAAGCGUAUGAAGACUCUAGAAAUACUGGUGAAAACACUAAAGAAAAAGGAAAACACACGUUUAAGGUACCCGGCGCAGUAUCCUUUGAUAACCUAUCCUGCGACCAGGAAAAUAUUAUUCAAAGCGAAAUUUAUAACCAUCUUAAUGAAGACAACUGUGUGCCAAAUAUUGCAUCAGACUACGACCAUGCAUGCUUUGAUAAUCAGGAAAUAGAUACGUACAAUCAGCUGGGAUCAUACAACACAAAGAACAUUAUAGUUACAUCUGAAUAUGCUGAAAGUAAUUGAUUUUCACUAUCUAUCACAUGCAUCCAAAAACUACAAAUAUACCAGGUUUUUUAAGUAGAUAUAUUUAUAUCAUUUGAAUGGUGUUGUUUCAAAUCCCUCAUGUCCCCAAUAUCCACCCCCACCCCCUAAAAAAUAAACAACAAAAAAAUUCCCGCAAAUAAUAGAUGACAGAAUUUUUUAACAGUAUCGUGAAGGAGCCUUUAGAAAAGAAGCUUUUGAUGCAAUUAAUGACACGUUUGUUUAUCAUAGAAUCUUAAUAUUGUGGAAUCAUCAAUGUUAAUUGGGGACUUAUGUUCGUGGAUUUCGUGGGUCACCCUUAUCCAAAAAUUUACAUCCCAACUUUUAUUUUAUAACAACAACAAAUUUAUUUAUUAAAUCUUCUGAAUAUGUGAGUUACCCACGAAAUUACUUUACCACGAACCAACAAAAUUUUGCCCACCCACGAACAUUGACCCCCACGAAUCAAAAUUUUUCCACAGUAAUUUGUUUUAUACACAUCGGAAAUGAACAGAUCUCUUGGUAGUAGAGAGUGCAAAUUACACACUUUGCACGUGAUUUGUACAAUAACCUUUACCUUGCACACAAAAUUCUAUAUGGAAAAUUGCACGGCUUACACGGAGAGCUGCAGAAAACACUUUGUACGUGGUUCUCGCAAGUGGUUUUCUAGUUUUGAAAUUUCUAUUCGGAAUCCAACAGCCAUUAUUUAAAUUGCUAUAAUCUUAUCAGAAGAUUUGGAAAUGGUUAAUUUUAAUUUAAAACGUACUCACUUUACACACGUACAAAAUAAACUGAUAGAGAUAUUCAGUCUCCAGUUGUUAGUAUUGUUCAUUAUUGCAAUUCUGCUUGUGAUUCGCUUGAAUGUUCAAAUAUCAAAUGGUAGCCGGUGUGGCUAUCGGUUAGAGUUGCUCUAGGGGUGCGCAGUAAGGAGUCAAUCCUAAGGUUGCGGAUUCAAAUACAACUGUGGGACGUAAAGACCGGUCUUUCGGAUGAGACCACAUAAACCGAGGUCCCGUGUAGCAGUAAGUUCUAACACAAAAUAGAUCCUUCCCUGCUCAAUGGCAUAAAAAGCUAAGUAUAGGAAAAGAAAUUGCAGUUCUCCAUCUGCAAAUCGAGGCAUCUCCAUAUGAGUGAAAAUUUCUCGAGAGGAACGUAAAACAAUCAAUCAAUCAAUCAAAUGUCAAAUGCUUUGUUUUACUUAUCUCUAAUAUUAAUACUCUGGUGUUUUUGUAUAGCAGAGAAUGUUUAUAAAUUAUGAUUUAUUAUAUUAAAAUAGUUUUAUAACAUGUAAUGAGAUUCAUUUAUAAAGUUAGUUAGUGCUUUGAUAUAAUAAAAUUGAUUAUGAUAAUAGAAUUGUUCAUAUAUUUUUCAUGUGGUUUAAAAGAAUUCUUUUUUGAGUUAUAAGGUCCUGUUCAUGAUUUGCAUGGACAAACAAUACAUCAAAAUCCUCACAUACCAUUUUUCCUUUUUGUUGAGAUGAGUGGUGUGAGGAUAAGA